AAAACGUUUAUGGAUCAAUAUCCAAUAUGGCAACAGCACAAUGCGUUGCAACCAUGGACCUAUGAAGAAAGCCAGCUGGAUGCUAUUGGUUUAGUUCAAACUGGACGAUGUACAGGUGGAAAAACUGCUCCGAUGAACCAAACCCAGCUCGUUUGUCGUGGAGCAUCAAUGAAAACAUCACACUAAUUUGUUGUGGUGAGCAGCAUACUUUAUUCCUCACCGGCGAUGGCACAGUGUUGUCCUGCGGCCAAAACUCCAAAGGACAACUUGGUCGAAAUAGUCUCGAAGAUCUGACGAAGCCAGGACGUGUGUCAGGUUGUAGCAGAGCGGUGAGCUUGGCCUGCGGUCAGGACCACUGCCUCUCGCUGUCUGCAACUGGAGACCUGCACUCAUGGGGGGCUGGUGGCGAUGGACAACUGGGCGUUGGACGCACAACGCCUGUGGUCCAAACACCAAGUCUUCUGCAUUUCCGUGUACCAGUAAUCCAAGUAGCGUGUGGAAACUCCCAUUCCUUGGCUUUGACGAAAGCCGGAGACGUCUUUUCGUGGGGCUCCAACAGUCACGGCCAGCUGGGGCUAGGGAAGGAUGUGUGCGUGCAGCCCUGUCCGGCCCUGGUGCUCUCUCUCACGGGGAUACCGGUUACCCUGGUGGUGGCCGGCGGGACCCACAGCCUGUUCAUCGCUCUCUCAGGCCUGGUCUACUGCUGUGGGAACAACAAACUGGGCCAACUGGGACUCAACAGAGUGGACGAGAAGGGUAGAUUUAGAAUUAUGCCAGUACCAUCCCUCAAACCAAUAGAGGUCGCCACUGCAAGCUGUGGCGCAGAACACUCAGUUGUCCUGACAAAGGAUGGGAAGGUUCUCACCUUUGGUGAUGGAAGCCACGGUCAGCUGGGCCAUCGUUCUACUGCCGGUGAACUCAUCCCCCGACAGGUCCAGGGCAUCGACGAACCCGUCGCACAGAUUGCAUGCGGCAGCCACCACACCUUAAUAUUGGGCUCAUCCGGCCACAUUUGGACCUUUGGCAGCAGGGUUAAAGGUCAAAGUGGGAGUGAUGGUUCUCUUGUACAAGUGCCAUGGACCACUGAUGGUGCAGCAGCUGUACCCAAUGAGUUGAAAAUAGCGGCUGGAUGGAACACAAACUUUCUCUACUCAGCCGCCGAGAGUUUGACGAGGGACCGUCACUUGACCAUAAGGCGGUUUGAUGAAAAAAAACUAAAAAAGUGGCAGGCGAUGGAAAUAGGCGAUCAGGAGGCUAUAGAGGAAAUACUGUCUAUGUUUGUUUCAAGUUCGAGCCUUGUUGCUGCUUUCGCAAAACCCAAUCUGUCUCCAUCGACUACAGGGGAAUUGAUUGCUGAUGUUGAGGCUGCUGCCAAGACUUUUGAUCAGAUGAUGCAGAUUCCAUGGAUCAAACAAAGAAUCGUUUUUGCCGAUAUUGUCGAUCCUCUCCUAAAAGCAAUGUCUGUGCUGAAGUCCCCUGAUGUACUCCUGGUUCUUCUGACAUGUCCUCUUCUCCAAGAGGACCACAACGUGAUAGAUGAGGUCAUCCCCCUGGCUCUCAUUAUCAGUGGGCUUAAUGAAAAGAUGUCCGGGUUAAUAAGAGGCUGUUGGUCUUCCCUGCCCCCUGCCAUCCUGACCAGACACAUUGCCGUGUUCAAAUGGGCCCUGUCCUUCUUUCUCCGGAAUAAGCUUCUGGUGUCUCAUGACAAUAUGGUAAAAAUGGUUCUGGAGACCCUCAGGAUGCUCUUCAAGGCUAAUAAAGCGGGGCGGUCCCUGAAGGUUCCACUGAGUACUUUCUACAUUGACCAAAUAGAACACUUGUACGAUCCUGUUGUGGAUGUGGGCCUUUGGGCUGCAUGCUAUCAAAAGGAGGAGGAUGAGAACACACCAGCCAUAUUCUGCCGGUUUCCAUUUGUGUUAAAUCUCCCUUGCAAGUUGACCGCCUUUAGCAUCUGCACAAUUUUUCUCAAGGAUAAACAACGUCGAGAGUUACUUGUUUCCCAGGCAGAAAUUGACAGUAGUAUCUUGGAGAACCCUGAAGCAGUGCCAGGGUUCCAGCUCAAACUGAGACAAACAAACCUUGUUGAAGAUACUUUCCGCCACCUGUCUUCAGCCGACCACUCUCUUUUCGAGAGCCAAAUCUUGGUGCAGUUCAAAGAAGCACUGGAACUGACAGAGAUCAGCAAAGAAGACUUCUUCAUCAACGUGUUCGAGGAGCUCAUGAACCCCGGUUCAAAUAUGUUCAUGUAUAACGAAGGCCAGACGCUAGCUUGGUUCCCGGCCCAGGUUGAACCGCCAAAAUUGGAGAAGUACUUCCUGUUUGGAGUUCUAUGUGGCAUUGCCUUGUACAACCACCACAUCAUCAAACUGCCUUUCCCAUUAGUUCUCUUCAAGAAGCUGGUCAACGUGAAACCAUCCUAUCAAGACAUGAAAGAAUUUCAGCCAGUAGUAGCAGAGGGUUUGCGUUGCAUUUUGGAAGACUACACCUCAGAGGACUUUGAGAAGUUGGACCUCAGCUUCAGGGUGGACUGGGAUGGCAGAGAAGUGGAACUUGAUUCAACAACAGAAGGGAAGCCUGUCUCAUUUUCCAACAAGAAAGAGUUUUUCGACGCCUACAUCAACUACGCCUUCAACCAAUCUGUAGAACCGGUGUUCGAGGAGUUCAAGAGGGGCUUCUUCAAGGUGUGCAUCAGAGAAGUGGUGGAGUUCUUCGAACCGAAAGAGUUACGAAGCUUGAUGGUGGGCCAGGAGUUCACUGACUGGAAUGUGAUGAAGCAGAACACGGUGUAUGCUGGAGAGUACAGCGAAACACAUCCCAAUAUCUUAACCUUCUGGGAGGUAUUUGAAGAACUGACUGGGGACAAAAAGAAAGAUUUUCUCUUGUUCCUCACAGGUCUGGAUCGUGUACCCAUUAUCGGUAUAUCAGAAGUAAAGAUGAGGGUGGCGAUCCUUCCCAAUUCCACAGAACUCCAUUUCCCAGAAGCCAUCCCCUGCCAAUCCAUGUUACUGCUACCAAACUACAGGAGAUAUCCCACCAAGAGGAGGCUAAGAAGCAUGCUGUCGGCAGCCAUUCGCUACACUAAAGGAUCCUGGCAGGACAAACUUAAUAAGUUCGGGCACACCAUAUAUCCGUAAUUUGGGUUCAUUUAUUUAGCAUUAAAGAUGUUCAGUCAUUGAUUAUGUAAACACA